AUGUGGAGCGCGGGCCGCGGUCGAGCUGCGGGCCCGGCGCUGCUGGGGGUACUGCUAGCCCUCUCGCUGCCGGGGGGCCGUGCCGCCAAGACCGACGCGGGGCUCGUGACCUGCGGGUCGGUGCUGAAGCUGCUCAACACGCAGCACCGGGUGCGGCUGCACUCGCACGACAUCAAAUACGGAUCCGGCAGCGGCCAGCAGUCGGUGACCGGCGUGGAGGCGUCCGACGACGCCAACAGCUACUGGCGGAUCCGCGGCGGCACGGAGGGCGGGUGUCCGCGCGGGUCCCCGGUGCGCUGCGGGCAAGCGGUGCGGCUGACGCACGUGCUUACCGGCAAGAACCUGCACACGCACCACUUCCGGUCGCCGCUGUCCAACAACCAGGAGGUGAGCGCCUUUGGGGAGGACGGCGAGGGGGACGACCUGGACCUGUGGACCGUGCGCUGCUCAGGGCAGCACUGGGAGCGGGAGGCCGCCGUGCGCUUCCAGCACGUGGGCACCUCCGUGUUCCUGUCGGUCACUGGCGAGCAGUACGGGAGCCCGAUCCGGGGGCAGCACGAGGUGCACGGCAUGGCCAGCGCCAGCGCCCACAAUAAGUGGAAGGCCAUGGAAGGCAUCUUCAUCAAGCCCAGCCCGGAGGCCCCUGGGGGCCACGAUGAGCUCUGA